UUAAUCCACAAUCACUUUGUAGACAGCUGACAACGGACCUAGAGACCGACAACACAUACGUUUUCAACGUACUCACUCGAAUUCACUCACGAUGGACACAAAAAUGUUUUUGCUGAUUUGUACCAUUGUUGUUGGCGCUAUGGGCCAUACAGUGAUGGACCUGGAUCCUGAUUUUAAUGUCAUGUUUCAUAUGGCCUCUGAUGAUACCAUCGAAAUACAAGUGAUAGCAAAGACAACGGGAUGGGUUGGAUUCGGCUUCAGUAAUACCCACAGUUUUAGUAACGCCGAUAUGGUCAUUGGAGGUAUUAAUGAUGCAAAUAAUGAGAUUUAUCACCAAGACUAUUGGUCAACCAGUGGUGACGUGGUCCCAACAUUAGAUACUAUUCAGAAUUGGCGGAGAUAUGAUACGGAAUGCAGACAAAAUGGCACACAUACUACUAUGUACUAUUCCAGACUACUGAACACAGGAGACACGGCCCAAGAUCUGAUAAUUCCGAAUAGUAAUGUAUAUUUGGUGUGGGCAUACGGUGCCACGGAUGCACUGGGAACUGCCGCUAGACAAGAAAUUUAUCACCAUGAAAUAAAUUUCAUUAGUUCUGGAAGUCACGGUGGAUCAUCUGCUAUACAUGGAUCUAUUGCAAUUAUUCUUUUGUGUGUUGGAUUUUAUGUGUUUCAGUUCUGUGAUUUCAUGUGAAUGUUUCUUUUAAGUUUUAAGUGACGUAAAUAGUGGAAACAAAUAUAGAAAAUAAUUUUCAUAUUGAAUUUGGUUUUCAAUACAUAAAAUCCUUAAAUUGCU